UUAUUAAAGUUAUGUAACAAAAAUGAAGAUUACGAUCUAGCUAAAGUGGCAGAAGUUGAAACGUCCGAGAAAUCUACAGUUGAGAAGGAUCAAGGUGAUUCUAAAAAUAGAAUACGUAGACAGAACGUGGAAAGUUCAAUUGCGUUCUUUGCUAAAAUGGAUGCCCAUCUGGAACAUGCUGGCAUACACCAAACUGUAGUAUUUGACGUAGUCGUUACUAAUCUUGGAAACGGAUACAACAAACAUUUCGGUGUCUUUGUUGCUCCCGUUACCGGAACUUACGUCUUCUCGACAACUCUUGUUUCUUAUAAUUUUGCCAGUACGCAUGCGCAGUUUCUUGUAAAUGGAACAGCAAUAUCAAAUAUGUAUGUAAGCAGUGGAAACUCUGGCACUGGAGAUGAUACGACCAGUCAAACUAUUGUUCUUCAGCUACAGCAAGGCGAUGACGUAGCAAUUCAAAAUCUUGACUCCGACAAAGGUUUCCUUGGAGCUAGUUACAGCACUUUUUCAGGAUUUUUAUUGUAUGGAGGUGUCUCUACUUCAGCUAUAAUAGGAAAAUAAAA